AUGAUGGGUUUUUAUUCGGGUUCUACUCCGUUUCACACUCACUACACGAUUUCCUACCGCCGAGAUCCCAGAAUUCCCUUCUUAUGGAAUACCUGGUUGGAAAAUGUGGCGCCCUUGAUACCAAUCGUUCAUAAAGCAAGCGCCAGGCAACUAUUCACUACAGCUUCCCAAGAUCCAAACAGCUUGGAUAAGAACUUUGAGGCACUAUUCCUUGCAAUGUGCAUGGUCGCGAUUAUCAGCAUGUCGCCCAGCCAGUGCUCAGUUCACCUGGGAGAAGAGAGGGAUGUGCUUGUCAAGCGAUACCGGUUCGCAGUCGAGCAGGCGCUUUCCAAAGCGGAUCUCUUGAAUACUCAAAAUAUCACUCUCCUACAGGCUGUGGUCAUAUUCUUGAUAGGCGUUCGUCGAGAAGAUGACACCAAAUUUGUCUGGUCUAUGACAGCGCUUGUUCUUCGCCUUGCGCAAGGGCUGGGUCUUCAUCGUGACGGCACGAACUUCGGCCUGAAGCCUUAUGAAACGGAGAUGCGCCGACGACUGUGGUGGCACAUCUGUUUGUUGGACAUCCGGGCAGCAGAGGAUCACGGAUCUGAUGCGCAGAUUCAUGAGCGAUUGUACGAUACUCGACUGCCACUGAAUAUCAAUGACGAGGACAUCACGCCGGACAUGAAGGAGCCUCCUAAGGAGAGAGUAGGCUGGACUGAAAUGACAUUUUGCCUGAUUCGCUGCGAUAUUACAGUUGCUGUGCGUCGAGUCAGUUACACUUGUCCGAACGCCCCUUUCAUUUCGGCAACCCGACAGCUCAACCCUGAUAACUGCUCCAAGGUGAUUCGGGCGAUUAACGACCGCAUUGAGGACCGAUAUAUAAAACACUGUGACAUGAAUAUCCCGAUUCAGUGGGUCUGCGCGACAAUUGGUCGCCUCAUCCUGACCAAACUCUGGCUUGUCAUUCAUCAUCCGAUGACCCGACCUGAACGGGGCUUAACGUUGAGCCACGCAAAUCGCGAGAGCUUGUUUGCUACUUCAGUGGAGGUGGCUGAGUUCCAGCGACUGCUGGAUGGCGACGUCAAGACGUACAAAUGGAGCUGGCUCUUUGCCACGAACAUGCAAUGGCAUGCCAUCGCCUUUGUGCUGUCAGAGCUUUGUGUCCGCCCACUCAGUCCUCUUACCGACCGGGCAUGGAAAUGCGUGAGCACCCUAUAUACAGAGUGGAUUAAGAACAGCAAGCAGCGGAAAGGCAUGCUCUGGCGUCCGCUUUCCCGCUUAAUGAAGCGAGCAACCGCGUUCAGAGCCAAGCAAGAGGAGAUGCGCGCGCAGAUGAGUUCCGGCAUGAUUGCAGCUCACGAUGUCACUGCCCCGAAUUGCCCUGGAGUCUCAAUUAUACAGCCCCCAGUCCUGCCCCGAGCACUGGACUUCCAGGCUUCACCAACAACCCAAGAGAAUGAACCCUUGCAUGGUGUGUCUGAGAACGGCGGACUCGACUUCGAUCUGCGCGACGGGCCAGUUAGCGUGAUCAAAGAUUUAUUCCCUGACACGGACUGGCUGAACCCUGCUACAGCAGCCAGCAUACAGCAGCAGGAGGGCUCGGGCGCGUCGAUAGACACGCUAGUGAGGCCGGCGGAGCCGAGCGCGACCCAGCAGAUGCCUAAUGCGAAUCUCAACUGGGAAGAAUGGGAUCAGGUCAUGACUGAUUUCCAGAUGGACCUGCAAGCGUCCAAUACGCAGAAUCCUUUUGGCAAUGCCCUGGACUGGCUUGCUUAA